GAGUACACCCUGCUGUCAGGGUCUAGUUAUAACAAAAAUGCUGUUUUUGGUAUCCUCUUGAACUAAUUUGAAGUCCUUAGUAUUUUUCGAUCUUGAUAUGCGUGACUCUCUGAUGACCCCUGGUAACAGGAGAUUAUWCAGUCUUAUUGUAUGUCUGGCGUGGUGAGUCUUGAAUAUUUUCAAUUCGCGGCUUUUGUCUCAACAUAAAUAGGAUAAGUGAAUUCAAUUAACAGAAUUAAGAUGAUUACAAGGGCAGUAUCUCAAAGACCACUCAUCAUACGAAAACUAAUUGGCGCACUUCCAAAGCGUACGAGUCCGAUCACAGGACUGCUCUUGCAGAAGCAAKCAUUUUUAUCCAGUAGCAGUACACACGGUAUAAUUGGWCCAUCUUCUUAUGGUCUUGAUAUCCAACUACCGACGAAUAAGUCGUACGUCCAAUACAUGUUAGAGCGAUUUGAGUUGUUUGGAGAUCGAAAAGCCAUUAGUGAUGGUCCAACAGGAAGAUCAUAUACAUUCAAAGAAGUGAGUCAGUUGACUAAAAAAGCUGGUUCUGCCUUAAAACGACUUGGAGUAGGUAGUGAUGACGUCAUUGCUCUGCACCUUCCCAAUAUUCCUGAAUAUGUGCCCAUAUUUUAUGGAAUACAAGCCACUGGUAAUAUUAUAUCAACCAUUAACUCGGCACUUCUAGCAGAUGAGAUUGCAUACCAGUUACAAGACUGUGGUGCUAAAUAUGUUAUAUCAACAAGUCCCAUCAUGGCUGCAGCAAAGGAAGCAGCCACAAAGGUCAACCUUCCAUCACAGAAUGUCCUUGACAUUGACUACCUGUGGGAUCUUAUUGUAAAGGAUGAUGGCUCACAUCUACCUGAGGUAUACACAACAGAUAACCCUGAUGAGCACAUAAUUUGCCUCCCAUACUCUAGUGGAACAACUGGUCGCCCAAAGGGAGUUAUGUUAACUGAUACUAAUUAUAUUGCUCAUGCUCUGAUACUUGGGAAUGAGAAAUUCAUGUCUUUAAGAGAAGAUAUUGAACAAGAAUCUGUAUUAGGGCUGCUUCCUUUUUUCCAUGUCUAUGGUCUUGGAGUAAUCAUUGGUAUGUUUCUUCACCUUGGAUCAAAAGUUGUUUGUAUGCAGAAGUUUGAACCAGAGAUGUUCUUAAAAAUAAUUGAAAGAGAAAAGCUGACAUCACUCUCCAUUGUCCCACCCCUUGCUCUAUUUCUUGCAAAAGACCCAAUGGUGGACAACUAUGAUUUGACAGCAGUUGAGAAAAUCUUAUGUGGUGCUGCACCACUGGCUAAAGAUGUGGAAGAAAUGCUUUGGAAGAAGUUUCCUAAUGUCAGAGUAAUUAGGCAAGGUUUUGGAAUGACAGAGACAACAGCAGCAUGUAUCCUAAGUCCAUCAGAAAAAUCUCUUACAAAAAGUGGAUCUGUUGGUACUCUGCUAUCACUAAUGGAAGGAAAGGUGAUUGAUUUAGAGAAUGGUGAACCUGUUGGACCAAAUAUAGAUGGAGAAAUAUGCCUGAGAGGACCAGUUAUUGCCAAAGGAUACUUGAACAAUCCAAAGGCAACAGCAGAAACUUUUGACAAAGACGGCUGGCUCCAUACUGGUGAUAUUGGUCAUUAUGAUGAAGAUAAGUAUUUCUACAUUGUGGACAGAAAAAAGGAACUCAUCAAGUACAAAGGAUCCCAGGUUGCACCUGCUGACUUGGAGGCAAUUUUAUUGAGUAAUCCAAGCAUAGCUGAUGCUGCCGUCAUAGGAAUACCUGAUGAGAAAGGGGGUGAGGUCCCCAAAGCUUUUGUGGUCCCAAGAGGAGAAAUAACAGAAGAACAAAUCAAAGAUUAUGUUGCCAGUAAAGUUUCACCUCAUAAAAGAUUGAGAGGUGGUGUUACUUUCGUUGAUGUGAUUCCAAAAUCUGCAAGUGGAAAAAUACUUAGGAGAGUGAUUCGCAACGAAAUAAAUGAAGAAUAUUCAAAAUAAAACAGUCCUUUGUACAUUGUUUUAGUGAGAGUAUUGGGAAGUAACAUUAGUACUAUCUCAAUAUCUUCCUGGAAAUAUCAUAGAGUAUUCCAGAUACACAUGAUAUCAGCAACAAAGGAUUACCCUUGUAUGAUUAGUGCUUUUGUUUUAGUGUAAUGAAGAGACCAAAUCAGAAAAUAAUAGUAUUUUCUAUCAUU